AUGGAGGGUGGCCCAUCAAUCACUGACGCCAUUGAGAAAAAAGAUUGCAUGAGCUCUCAGAAUAAGUACCGAUCUGACUAUAGCGAUGAAAGCGACAGUGAGGUUGGUGUGACUUGGUCUCCUGGUGACGGAGUAUGUCCCUCAACAGCAGAGUUCCAUCAUUGCUGUCAGUCCAAUUUUGAUGAAUGGAAGGAUGCGACCUCAAUGCCUCUAAGUGACACUACCUCUUUCUACACCUACUUGGUUGACUUUCUAAGCCUCCUCAAACAUGUCCCCCCGUUUCUAUCCUGCCUCCCAGACGAUGUCCAUAUUACAGGGAGACGGAGAACAUUUCUUAUGCUUAGAUCCUCUCUACAGAUACACUCAACAGACGAUCCAGACUGCGAUCAACCUUACAAGCUGAUUGAUUAUCUUCAAUGCCUCGGAUUUCCAAAGCCUGUCGUCUACAAGCUGAAAGCUGAGACGCAAUUACAACCGAUUUUUCCGAUACACACCAAGGCCUUUCGCUCUGGGUAUUUUACAAACAUCGUUCUAGCUUGGUCCUACAUUGUUUCCUGCCGCUGGUCAGAAAUAUUCCAACGAGCAGGUUGGAACAGCCAGGUACUCCAUGAAAAUGGUAUGCAGAUUGAGGACUCUUUCUGGCAUCUUGUCACGCAAGGCUGCUGGUUAGCACUAGUGAAGAAAGAAACCGCAAAAUUCUGUUCUCCAUGGAUGAUGGCAAGUGAGGGGGCUAAAAAAAGCCGCAAUUGGGUGCCAGUCACACCAAAUUCGUCUCUGGCCUUUGAUAUUCUUGUGAAUUUUUGCAUAUCGGAAGGCCUGGAACUAGAAUUGACCACCGGUCUUGCGUCUGUUUUACUAUUGACCUCACGGAACACACCUUCGCCUAUCCUCGCUCCUGCUGUAGCAGCCCCGACUGCUUCUGCUGCCUAUCUACCAAGAGCAAAAGACGCAGUCUUUCAUGAACUUUACCAAUCUAUUGAUAGAUUUCUCACUUUAAGCUCCACACAGGAUGCAUUGGACUCGUUAAUAUGCAGUGCCUUUUUUGACCCAUCUAUUCCCUGUAAUAUCAUGGGAGCUGCAUCUUUGGGUGUGAGGAAAGCCCUCUCAACGGCGAACAAGAUGGAUAACCAACAGCUCCUUAGAGCGAUCACAUAUACGAACCCGUCUCUAUGUCACUUCUGGGUCGCAGCUAUUCGUGGAGGUCAAGUAGACUCCUUUCUAAACAUGAAGAAGACAGUCAUUACUCGGGCACAUGAGUUUCAAACUUCAUUUUAUUGCCGGUCAAGCACAUCGGUGCCCUGGUCACCUGCACCUCCCUUCGGCACAACUCCCGUCGAGAAUGUCAGUCUUGAAAUCCGACAACACCUCGGACAUAUGCACAGACCUAUCUCAUGGACCACAUGCUGGGUUCUGAGUUCGGGAAAGAGGAUCCCCGCGACCGAACCGUACCAAAUUCGUCAGUCCCAGGUUCAGAGGGUGAUACGCCCUUCAUCUACAGAGCAUUCUAACAACGUGUCCUACGCCGAACAAAAUGCUGCUGAUGAACAGUCAGGGGUUGCAACAUCACGUUUGUUCAAUUGGCAUAGAAGCUAUGAUGAUGGCAUCUGGCUUGAUGAUGGAACGGGAGACAUCGAAAUGAUUCGUCGACUCCAGCAGCACCAAUGGAUUAUCGAUCCAUUUUCCGCAAGUGAGCUUGACGAUCUAGUUGAAGAACCUAAGGAUCGCGAGCUGAACUUUGAGGGUAUCUUACUGUGGAUAGAUGAAACUGACCACCAUCGACACUAG